AUGGGGAGGAGGACCAGGGUUCCCAGGUGCUGGCUCUCCAACCACUCCUAUCUCAGCAGGGAAAUCACAGUCCCCAGGUUUGCUCUGAACCCUCUGGAGGUGGGGACUGGCCAGUCUGAGAAUCCUCUGAGAUGGACUGGCAGCAAGGGCAGCGACCCCCCAGAGGCACGUCUACAGCCUGUUCCCUCGGAUCCUGAAGUUUGGGGGCUGGGAGAGGAGAAACAAGCUCCCAUAGUUCUGAAAAUUCCAAACAUGCAUUUUCCAGGCGCCACCCACCUCAUGGUGGGAUCUCCCCAGGAAGGGGGAGGCCAUAGUACUUGA